AUGCACAAGAUCUCCAACUUCACGGGCCAGGCCCGUCAUGGCUGGGAGCGAAUGACGCCGACCUUCAGUAUGUCCAGGCCUCAUACCGACAUGGCCUCGCACUCCCUCCGUCGACCACAUGGGCCUCAACCAAUGACCCCUCCUACCGGCGUGGACCCGACCGUCAACCUGUCCCUGAACGUCCCGUUUUCCUCCACCCUGGCUGGUCCCGAUGCCGAUGAAGUGUUGCAUGCAAGCCCUGGCGCCCUUCAACGCUGGUGCUUCCCUGAGGGGACUCCGGAAGGCACCCCGGUCCACACCCUGCCCGUCCACACCAGCAAUGUCGAAGCCCUUCGGAGGUUAUGUCGUCAGAUUACGGAGAGUAGUAACGGACGGAUCGAAGCCACCGUCGCCUCCUCGGAGCCCAAGACCCUCCCAUCGUUACAGCUGCGACCUCAGGGCCUAGUAACCAAUGUUUGUAUCACGGGUGAUGGGGAUGCGGUGCGCAAGAUACGUGCAAGGAUCCUAAACGAGACCCCAAUUCUCUUACGAUGUGCAACCGUCGACGUGGAUAUGCAUCUGAUCAUGGAUGGAUCAACCAAAGGGAUCCGGGCAAGUGUCUUGGAGCACCUGGACACAUUGGCUGCUUAUACGGGAACGGACAUCUUCCUCUUGAGCCCCAAGCUACGCGAUACAGAUAGUGCCGUCGUUUCUUCUUAUGGUUACGUGUCGGAGAAUGGGCUGGAUCAUCGCUUUCGAGUUUCAAUCUACGGUGAUAUGGAGAGUGCCGAACAUGCGAAGACGAGGGUCUUGAUCAUGAUCGAUCAAAUCCUCAAACGUCAUGUGGAUGCCAUGAAGCUGGAACUAACCAUGCACACGUUGGUCUGUGGUCGAACCCGCAAAAAUAUCAAACUCAUCGAAGCGGCCACCGGUACGGCGAUUUAUUUCCCGCCGCCCUUCCCGCGCAUUUUUGGUUAUACACCCCCGGGCUCCCAUCGUCGCAGCGAGGAUGAAGUGUACAUUACUGGUGAUACCCAGGAACAGAUCGCUCGCGCCAAACAAAAGCUGCGGGAGUUGGUGAUGGGGGUCAAGAUCUAUGUCAAGGAUGCCAUUGUCAAUUGUAACAAGAUUGACAGUAUCCUGCUUGACCGGCUAGACAAAGUGCGGAAGGUGAUGGAAAUGAAUGGCUCCUACGUUCUCUUCCCCCAGCUGGGAAGCCAACGGGGCCUUGUCCGUGUCCAGGGCACGGAGGUGUUACAUGUGGAGCGCACUGUCCGGGAAAUCAUGGCUCUGGCCGGCCAGUUUUACAGCGCAUCCUGGUGGGUGAUCAUACCGGAUCCGUCUCAGGCGGCGUUCCGCACUCCGUCCACCGCAGAUAUCCGCACCAUGUUGUCCGACAUUUGCACCAACUCUUCCGCCGAAGUAAGCUUUGACAAUCUGGCAUUUACCAUAAAUGGGUCCGACGAUGCUGUCAAAGCCGCAAUGAUGGUUAUCAACCAGAUCCCGUUCAUCCUACGAAGCCAAUAUCAAAUGCGGGUGAAGAUUGAACUGGCCAAUGAGCAUAAAGAGUUCGUCAGCGGCAAGAAAAACGGCAAGAUCAACAAGAUCAUGGGCCAAAGCAAUGUGCAAAUCAUCUUUGAUGGCUUCAAUGAGUAUAACUUCUAUAUUGAUGUGUGCGGGGCUCAGUACGAAUCUACCAAGAACGGCUUGGAUCUCGUGGAGCAGGAAAUGCCAGCCUCGAUUUCAUUCCAUGUGCCCGAUCAAUACCACAAGCGGAUCAUUGGAAUCGGAGGUCAGCACAUCCAGCGAAUCAUGAAGAAAUAUUCGGUUUUUGUCAAAUUCUCCAAUGCAAUGGAUCGCGGCGGGAUGGGCAAGGAGGAUGAUGACAUUAAGGUCGACAACGUCAUCUGCCGUACACCAGCACGCAACGCCCAGAGCCUGGACCUCGUCAAGCAGGAAAUCAUGGAUAUGGUAGAGAAAGUUGAUGCCGAGUAUGUGUCUGAGCGCGUGGUGAUCAACCGCUUGUACCACCGUGAGUUACUUUCUCGCAUGACCGAGAUCGAUGAGCUGGAGAAGAAAUGGAACUGCAAGAUCGAGUUCCCAAGCACCGAGCUUGCUAGUGAUGUUGUGACGAUCUCGGGACCUGAGUACCAGGUUCCGCAGGCGGUCGAUGCCUUACUAGGAAUGGUCCCAGAGAAUCACGAACUUCUUCUCCAAAGUUCCCCUGAGCUGCGGGACUUCUUUAAGUCACCCGAGUUCCGUGACGACAUUUGCGCCAAGCUGAAGGAUCAGUAUGAGGUGGACACCACUGUCGAUUCGAACCCCGACCUCCCAUCUUCUGACGGUGGUUCAGCUUCGCCCACCUUUGCUCCCGAGGAUCGCGUUGUGCUUGGGUAUACUCGGAACAACGAGGGCGGUCUCAAGGAUGCCAUUGAUUUCUUGAUCUCUCGACUAGUGGCACAUGGGCUCGAUGCAACCACCGUCAAAGGGGCGAUCCCACGUCCGAAGUCGGACUCGUUCGAAGAGUCCCUGCCCUUCUUUGACUCAAAGCUGUUACAGCAUGCACCCGCUCCUAUCGUUGCAGACUCUCCUACUCGCCCGAACUUCUCCGACGAGACCAGUGAGCGUGGGUCAAUUUUCGAGAGGCUUCGCAAACCAGGUAGCAUCUCUUCCUUUUCUUCCUUUAUUGGACGCAAAAACCACUCAGCGUCUCCCGGGUCCUUCUUCAAGCACGCCUCCAGCAAUGCUUCCAAGGCGUCUCUGGUGUCCAUGGAGUCUCGGGAUAGUGGUUACCGCAACCCAUGGAACGAUUCUGGGGUAAAUCUUCCAGAGGAUGAUGUUCCCAUUAUGGGGAGUUCGCACAGCCACAGCAGCAGCAAUGGCUGGCCAGCGCGCUUUGACACGAAAUUUCCAUUCGGUACCGCGCCAGGGGACAUGACUCCCAAGCAUGACCUUCGCGCGUCAUUUGAUAGUGGUCGUCCUAGUACUUCCAAUUCUACUUCUGGAUACCCGGCCCCAAUCGGGCCACCGCGUUAA